UCCCGCCAUCGCCGUUUGACUGUAACUGAAGACAGGACCCCUGGCCAGAUCACCUUUUCUCUUCGCCUGCUUAUCGGCCGUUUGUUACCUGAUCCUUACCCCCCUCUCGUUGCUCCUCUUGGACUUCUCCCUCCCUUCUUCUCUCUUCUUUUCUCCUUCUCUCUCUCUCUCUCUUCUUCUUCUUCCUUUUGAUAAUGUCCUCAUCCGCCGCCGAUCAGCAUCCUGCUGAGACUCGCGAUGCCACCACCCAAGUCGCCGGACACUCCGCCGCCCAUCCCCCCCGCUCCACCGAACUCGCCAGUCUUAAGAUAAGACUGCGCGCGGCGCUGCGUCAGUUCCCCGACUUCCCUUCGCCGGGCAUCCUGUUCGAGGAUAUCCUGCCAAUUUUCGCCGAUCCGACGCUGCACGAGGCCCUCCUUCGCUCCCUGGAGCUGCAUAUCCUCCAAGUCCAUGGCGACCAGAAGCCCGACGUGAUUGUCGGCCUCGAGGCUCGUGGCUUCCUGAUCGGCCCUAGCCUGGCUCUGAGACUCGGUGCCAGCUUUGUUCCUGUCCGCAAGCAGGGCAAGCUGCCUGGGCCCUGUGAGACUCAGGCCUACGACAAGGAAUACGGCCAGGACUUCUUCCAGAUGCAGGCUGACUCCAUCAAGCCCGGUCAGAAGGUCAUUGUCGUGGAUGAUAUCAUUGCUACUGGUGGCUCUGCGUACGCGGCGGGAGAGCUGAUUAACAAGAUGGGCGGCAACCUCCUGGGUUUCAUCUUCAUUCUCGAACUCGAAUUCCUCAAGGGACGGGACAAACUUCCUGCUCCUGUCUACACCCUUCUUUCCGGCCAGGAAGAGAAGGCAUAAACAAAUCUUCUUCUCACCAACUCAACUCGUCUUUUUCAUUGCGACUGCUUGAUAAAAUGAUUUUUUUUGAUACCUGCGCCUCGUCUUUCAGCUCAUCGCUCAGGAAUCCCCCUUAAUGUCGCCUAUAGAAAAAAAAAGUUCGCUCGAAAAAAACUCUUUUCACACAACACAGCAAUGCAAUCAACGACCGCGGUCAUUCCAAUUCAAUUCACUUGAUGAGCGAUGUAUCCUAGUCGGGUGGUCUAGCCGCCUUGCUUGGACAUACAUCCAGGUAGAUACGUUGGUUUUUCGCAGC